ACCGAAAUCAACAAACCCUACGAAAUGGAGCAAGUUAGUGAUCGAAACGCUGGCACUGCCGACGACGACGACACUCCGAUGCUGAGUUCUCAUGCGCUAGAAGCUCUCAGGGAGUUUCUCUCUGAACAGAACAGCUCACUCACCGCAGAUAACGAUGGAGCGACGGUGGCGGAGGAAGACAAAGUGGUGGCGUUAGUUACGGAGGACUGGAGGCUAAGCCAGUUCUGGUAUGAUCGGGAAACCGCUGAGACGGUGGCGAGAGAAGUUCACGCACUCUAUACGUCCAUGGAUUCUCCUCCUUCUGUUGCUUGUAUUGCUUGCCCCACUCUCUACGUUUAUCUCAAGAAAAUGCACCAUAAUUUGCCUGUGCAACUUCUUGAAUACGACAACCGUUUUAAACAAUAUGGAAGCGAGUUCACUUUCUAUGACUACAAUCAACCGUUAGAGCUCCCAUCGUCAAUGAAGCAUGCAUUCCGUAUCAUCAUUGCUGAUCCUCCUUAUCUGAGCAAGGAGUGUCUGGAAAAAGUUUCAGAAACGAUAUAUUUUCUUAAGCAACCUGGAGAAUCAUACUUGCUUUUACUCACAGGUGCAGUACAACAGGAUAGAGCAGCGGAACUUCUAGGGCUGCGUCCAUGUGGAUUUCGGCCACAGCACUCGAGCAAGCUUGGAAACGAGUUCCGUCUCUUCACAAACUACGACCCGGGGUUAAGAUUAGGAGGGUGGGAGCAAGACCAGUAGUAACAUUUUGAUCUUUUUCUAUGUAGUUAAAUUUCAAGCAGAUGUUGCUGCUUGACUGACCUGAAUCAGCUGUUACAUGUUCAGCUUUGUUGCAAUACCUUAGUUUAGACAUGUACAUUAGGGGGUGUUGGGAUCUAUGUAACUUCUAAAGGGGGAGUUAUGAAAUGGUUUCGAGGGAUUUGGAUUUUUU